CAUAAACAAACCGACAUGAAAUGCAAGAGAGAGAAAUGGAUUCAAACAAUAUAAAAGAAAUUAAAGUGAAAAGUUCGUAUUAGCAGAAAAAUCUUGGAAAACAGAGAGAUUUUUUUUUUCUGAAAAUGAAUGCUAUUUGAUAAUUUUCUCCGCCCCCAAUUUCUUCAUUUCUUCUCUGUUCUUCACAGUUUGUUCAUAUUCCGCCAUUAAUGGGGGCUCGCUGCUCCAAAUUCUCCUUCUGCUGGUUCCACUCCCACCUCAAACCCUCUGUUUUGGAGUCCUCUGAUUUGGAAAAUGCUAACAAAAACGACCGGAACUUAUGGCCGAGUUUCACCCAGUUCAGCUUCGAGCGGCUGAAGGCGGCCACCGGCGGGUUUUCGUCGGAGAAUAUCGUGUCGGAGCAUGGAGAAAAAGCCCCUAAUGUCGUUUACAAAGGGAAGCUCGAUAAUGGGCGAUGGAUCGCCGUUAAGCGGUUCAACAAGCUCGCAUGGCCCGAUUCUCGCCAAUUCCUUGAAGAAGCAAGAUCGGUGGGGAAUUUGAGGAGUGAGCGCUUGGCGAACUUAAUUGGAUGUUGCUGUGAAGGCGAGGAGAGGUUGCUUGUGGCAGAGUUCAUGGCUAAUGAAACUCUUGCUAAACAUCUCUUUCACUGGGAGACAAAUCCAAUGAAAUGGGCAAUGAGAUUAAGGGUGGCAUUGUAUUUAGCUCAAGCUUUGGAGUAUUGCAGUGCCAAGGGACGAGCGUUGUACCACGAUCUAAACGCUUAUCGAGUUUUGUUCGAUCAAGAUGGUAAUCCGAGGCUAUCGUGCUUUGGGCUUAUGAAGAACAGUAGGGAUGGAAAGAGUUAUAGUACGAAUCUGGCGUUUACCCCGCCCGAGUACUUGAGAACAGGUCGAGUGACACCGGAAAGUGUGGUUUAUAGCUAUGGUACCCUGCUGCUUGAUCUUCUUAGUGGCAAACAUAUUCCCCCUAGCCAUGCACUUGAUCUUAUUCGUGGGAAGAACUUCUUGAUGCUAAUGGAUUCUGCAUUGGAAGGCCAUUUCUCAAAUGAUGAUGGAACUGAGUUAGUGAGGUUAGCUUCCCGUUGUUUACAGUACGAAGCUCGGGAGAGGCCGAACGCGAAGUCUCUCGUGACUGCUCUCUUGCCACUUCAGAAAGAUUCAGAGGUUCCAUCUUAUGUUUUGAUGGGUAUCGAACAUGAGAAUGCAUCCUCAACCGAACCAUUAUCGUUAACACCAUUUGGCGAAGCGUGCUUGAGAAAGGAUCUUACUGCCAUACAUGAAAUGCUGGACAAGAAUGGAUACAAGGAUGAUGAGGGCAUUGCCAAUGAGCUUUCCUUUCAGAUGUGGACCAGUCAAAUGCAGGAGACUCUGAAUUCCAAGAAACAUGGAGACACAGCUUUCCGAGCUAGAGACUUCGCUACUGCCAUUGAUUGCUAUACACAAUUCAUUGAUGGCGGGACGAUGGUAUCGCCGACGGUGUACGCACGGCGCUGUUUAUCGUACCUGAUGAGCGAGAUGGGGCAAGAAGCUCUAGGAGAUGCAAUGCAGGCUCAGGCAAUAUCUCCAGAAUGGGCGACUGCUCUGUAUCUUCAAGCAACAUGCCUGUUCAGCCUUGGGAUGGAGAAUGAAGCACAAGAAGCUCUAAAAGAGGGCACUAAAUUUGAAGCCAAAAAGAACAAAAACUGAGCAAAAGAAUUGCAGGGGUUGUUGUUCUCCAUUGUUUUUAUGCCCUUCUUUCAUCUAUUGUAGCUUAUUUCUCUUGUAUCUAUCUUCCUUUUUUCUCAUUAUUAUUAUUUUUUUUUUUUGGAGUUUUGCUCUGCAAACUUCGACCAUUUUGUUGUUACAUACAAGAAUACUGGAAAAGGUUGUUGUGGCUUUGUUAAUCCAUUACUGUGGUUUCUUGUCA